UUGGAAGGAGAGAUCAAGGCUGAAAGAACGGCUACAUUUUUAAUCCUCUGAGUAUUCACCUGAACCUGGUCUAUUGACAAAAUAGAGGUCUUUAUUUAUUUUAUGUGUCAAAUAUAAUGCUUGUAUUUACAUUUAUUUAUGUAAAAUUUAUACUCUGUAGUAGUGCGGCUGGUUGAUGAUGCCUAAUUUUGUUUGUAAACUAUUGUUCUUCUUGUUGCUUUCUUGACAGUCACACCAGCUACAUGGAACCAGGAAACCACACAGAGGUUUUAGAUUUUAUUCUUCUUGGACUCUCAGAAGUGGAAGAACUUCAAUCUCUUUUUCUUGGGCUUUUCCUGUCAAUGUACUUGGUCACAUUUAUUGGGAACCUUCUCAUCAUCUUGGCCACCAUCACUAGCUCCCAUCUCCACACUCCCAUGUACUUCUUCCUAGCCAACUUUUCCUUUGUAGAUAUAUGUUUCACCUCCACCACUAUCCCAAAGAUGCUGCUGAAUAUCCACACCCAUAACAAAACCAUCACUUAUCAAGGUUGCCUUUCCCAAAUGUAUUUUUUCAUGCUUUUUGCAGAGUUGGAUGUUUUUCUCCUUUCUAUAAUGGCUUAUGACCGGUUUGUGGCCAUCUGUCACCCACUGCACUACACAGUCAUCAUGAAUCCCAGACUCUGUGUUUUGUUGCUGCUGUUGUCUUGGAUAUUGAGUGUUCUGGGCUCUCUGCUACGUGGUUUACUGGUGUUGAGACUGUCCUUCUGUACUAAGUUGGAGAUUCCCCACUUCUUCUGUGAAAUCAAUCAGGUUAUCCAGCUUGCCUGUUCUGACACCCUUCUCAAUAUCAUAGAGAUGUAUUUUGCUACUGUGGUGAUGGGCAUUAUUCCUCUCAUUGGUGUCAUAUUUUCUUAUUCUCAGAUUGUCUCUUCCAUUCGGAGAAUUACAUCAGCAAGGGGAAAGUAUAAGGCAUUUUCCACCUGUGGGUCUCACCUUUCAGUUGUUUCUUUGUUUUAUGGAACAGCUCUUGGAGUCUACCUCAGUUCUGCCACUACCCAAAAUUCCAGAGCAGUUGCAGUAGCCUCAGUGAUGUACACCAUAGUAACACCCAUGCUGAAUCCCUUUAUCUACAGCCUGAGAAACAAGGAUAUAAAAAGGGCCUUGAAAAGUCUUGUAGGGGCUAUCACUUUAAAUGAAUGA